UAAUUUCUCAGUUUUGUGUGAAAGAUUGUGUAAAUGAUAAAGCUGUUUUGUGAAAUUAAGUAAUAUAGAAUUAGUAAAGAACAAAAAUAAAAUUUUUCAGAAUGGCUAGUAGUGCUAUUGGUUUAAUGUCAAGAAAUAAACAAAUUCCCAUAUUAUUUACACAUUACAAAAGGUUUUUAAAGCCGACUUUGACAUCACAUAGAAAUAAUGCAACUGAAAAACGUAAUGAAGAACCUGAAGUACAACCAGCACAAGAUAAUGUACAACAACAAGAUCUUAGUAAAGAAAAUGAAACUCUAACGAAUGAAGUGAAGCAAUUGAAAGAAAAAGGAGACGAACUACUUGAUAAAUAUAAGAGAUCAUUAGCCGAUAAUGAAAACUUGCGUACUAGAUUAACAAAGCAAAUACAAGACGCUAAAAUUUUUGGUAUUCAAGGAUUUUGUAAGGACUUAAUUGAAGUAGCUGAUAUUUUAGAAGCUGCCACAAUUUCAGUACCGAAAGAAGAAAUUUCUGAUAAAAAUCCACAUUUAAAAAGUUUAUACGAAGGUUUAACAAUGACUUCGAAAUCUUUACAAAGUGUAUUUCAACGAAACGGUUUAGAACAAGUGAAUCCGGUAAAUGAAAAAUUCGAUCCAAAUUUCCAUGAGGCACUGUUUCAAAAAGAAGAUGCUGAUAUUAGUCCAAAUACUGUUAUCCAAGUUAGUAAAGUUGGAUAUAAAUUACAUGGUAGAUGCAUAAGACCGGCUUUAGUGGGUGUGUCGAAAGCUAAAUAGGAUACUGUUUAUUUUCGAAAAUUUUCUAUAUGAAAUAAAUAUAUUAAACGGUUAAACUUUAUUAAAUAAUAAACCACAAACACUUUUGUUUUAUAAUUUAUAUUCAUUUAAUUAGUUAAUAAAAAAGUUCAAAAACCAGUAGAUAA